AUGAAAAUAUUUUUAGCAUGUAUUGAAAACCCAGUCUCCUUCCUUUCACGGCUUGCAAACUGUGGAUGGCUACAAUAUAUUACAGAUACUUUAACUGGAGCAGCAACGGUUUCACAGAUUGUUCAUUGUAUGGAUGAAGUUUCAGAAGUUCCUGUGCUCGUACAUGGAGGGGAUGGAACAGAUUCAACUCUUUUAAUCACUUCACUUGCACGGCUUAUAUUAGAUCCAGAUGCUAGAACGAUUCGUGGUUUUCAAUCAUUAAUUGAAGAUGAAUGGACGGGCGCUGGUCAUCCGUUUAGUAUUCGUUGUGCUCAUUCAUCAUUUGCAACUGGCACACUUACAGGACCAUAUGAAUCGCCGGUUUUUCUAUCUUUUUUGGAUUGUGUUUGGCAACUAAUGCGACAAUAUCCUUCUUGUUUUGAAUUUAAUGAACAAUUUUUAAUCUUUUUAUUUGAGCAUGCUUAUGCAUCAGAAUUUGGAACUUUUUUGGGAAAUAAUGAACAGGAAAAGAAAAAUUUUGAUGUUAAGACACACACAGUUUCCUUAUGGUCAUAUGUGAAUCAUCCUGCCGUGCUUCCUGCCUUUCUCAAUUACCUUUAUCGUCCCUAUGAUCAACCAACUUGGCCUUCAGUCGCUCCACAAAGCAUUAUUCUCUGGGAACGAAUUUAUUUACGUUGGCAAAGGAAUUGGUCUCAAUUUGAUCGAACGCUUCAAACUCUAAAUUCUUGGAAACAAGAUGAGAAACGUCUUGUUGCGAGACUGCAAGCAUUACAACAACAGCAAAGCGAGCAAUCUAGAAGUAUUUCUGCAUGUUCAACAAUCACUUCCACCGAAGCUCAACAACAUUCUAAUUCUCAUUUAUUACAAAAUGAAGCCAAAAUAAUCUUAACGCAUAAUCCUUUUGCUUUAGAGAAUCUCGUAAAAAUGGAUCAUUUAAAUAUUACAAGUUUUGACAAUGAAACUGAUGGAGAAGGAUUUGAGGUUGUGGAGGAUGCAGCGAAUAAUGAUGGACACACACUUGGCAAACGAAUGGCAAAGGCAACUGUAAAUUCCUCCACUGCUUCUAUGCUAAAUGGUGCAAAACAAACAGCGCGACAAUUUCUUCAAAAGUUGGGACCUUCUUUUAUAUGA